CACAAGCUGAUCUGUGAGGACUGUUCUGUUCCGGGGGUCAGCCAGUGAUUCUGCCUCAUCUGAGCAAGGUGUGGCACAGAGACAGAAAUGGCAUCAAGGCUUGCGGGCUCCCUCGCCCUGUUCUUCCUGCUGGCGAGCAUUGCAGUUCUCAUUGCCGUGGCUGUCGUCCAGGUCCACAAGAGGACUUAUGAGUCUGCCGGGCAGAGGUUUGGAAUAGUGCUGGAUGCUGGCUCUUCUCGCACCACACUGUACCUGUACCAGUGGCCAGCUGAGAAGGAGAACAACACAGGCGUGGUCAGCCAGAACCUCAGCUGCUUGGUCGAAGGUCCUGGUAUCUCCAGCUUGGGCCAGGACUCAAUUCAGGACCAAAAGACCUGGAGCUCCCUGAAGAACUGUGUGGCUAAGGCCAGAGAGGCCAUUCCUCCCUCACUGCACAGCAACACCACCAUCUCCUUGGGAGCAACAGCUGGAAUGAGACUGCUGAGAUCUCAGAAUGAAACAGCCUCAGAUGAGAUCUUACAGUCCCUGGAGAACUACCUGAAGGGUUUACCUUUCAGCUUCAGGAAUGCUUCCAUAAUCUCUGGGGAAGAAGAGGGGCUCUAUGGGUGGAUCACAGCCAACUACCUGAAGGGAAAUUUCCUGGAGAGAAACCUGUGGAACCUAUGGGUGCGCCCUCAUGGAGGUGAGACUAUUGGAUCAAUGGACUUAGGGGGUGCUUCAACCCAGAUUGCCUUCAACACCCCCUUGGAUGAGGGUGUUGGCGCAGAGGGAUUUAUACGGGUUUGGCUCUAUGGCUAUGGGUACAAUGUCUACACCCACAGCUUCCUCUGCUAUGGCAAGAAUGAGGCGCAUAAGAGGGUUCUGGCUGCUCUGGUGCUGGCAAAGAAGUCUCCCUCUAAGACAGUGGAGAAUCCCUGCUUCCCUGUAGGCUAUAGGACUAACAUGUCAGCUGCAGACAUUUUUGGGAGCCCUUGCACUGAGCAGCGCCCAGUCUAUGCCCCGGAUGAACAGUUUCUCCUGGUGGGCACGGGGGAUCCUGCAGGCUGCAGAGCAGUUGUCCAUACUAUAUUUGACCUGCAAUCCUGCCAUGGCCUGGCCAAUUGCUCCUUCAAUGGCGUGUACCAGCCUGCCCUGUCUGGACAUUUCCUGGCGUAUGCUGGAUUCUACCACACGGCAAAUGCUCUAAAACUUAACCGCUCUUUCACUCUGGAUUUAUUCAACUCCACUACAUUUGCCUUCUGCUCAAAAAACUGGACAACACUUACAGCAAAUUAUGAAAUAAAGAAAUACCUGAUGGCUCACUGCUUUUCAGCAAACUAUGUCUACACUCUGCUGGUUGAGGGAUACAAAUUCACUGCUGAGACGUGGAAUAACAUUCUAUUUGAGAAAACGGUGGAUAAGAGCGAUAUAGCCUGGUCUCUGGGCUACAUGCUGACCCUCUCCAACAUGAUCCCUGCAGAGCCGAAGCUCUUGAGGCUACCCAUGGAUAACUCGGUGUUUGCAGGUCUACUAUUCAUGUUCUCCUCUCUAGCCAUCCUUAGCCUCAUGUUCCUCAUCAUUUCACUGGUGCGUGUCUGUUACUAAUGCCCACCGGGGGGCAGUGCAGAGAUUCCAUGGACUGUCAGGGAGCUCAUCCUCAGGCCAGGGUGGUUUAACAGGACAAGAGGGAGAACUGCGGAAUGGUACAUUGGAGGCCACCAAACUGAGUAUAACAGCUUUGUGUUUUGCUUGGGUUUGCAAAUGAAGGAAGGGAAAAGUACUGUUAAAAUUACACUACAUUCCAUCACGUAAUUAGCCCUACUGGAUGCCCAGCAUUUGUGAACUAGCUGGAAAAUAUGAUAUUGGAUGCACAGUCUUCUUUAUCUCAAAAUGCUGAACCGUAACCAAAGCACUUUUAAACAAUGCGUUUUUGCUUAUUUUGUUCCUGUUUAUUCUGGAGGGCAUGGCACUAAAGACCAAAGACAUUCAUACUUUAAUCAGUCUGUGAUCCAGGCCGGCAGAAAUAAUCUACCACAGAUAUUUUUGUGGUAAAGAAAAGCAAGCAUGGUAGAAUAAUCUGUGAUGAAUCUCAUUUGCUUCUAUGCCUGUUUAAUGCUUCACUGCAUUGCACUGCAUUAUAUUUAUUUGGACAACAGUUCUUCUUGCCUAUCUCUGGUUCAUUUA